UUAAAGCGACGGACACAUUCCGCGUGGGGGACCUCCGAGGGGGCCACUGCACAGCCUCACCUGGAGACGAUGGAGGCAGUGACGGAGGGGACGUGGGAGUCUCUGCCCGUCCCGUUGAGCCCGGGCGUCGUGAGGGCCUUGCAGGAGCUGCGCUUCCCUCACAUGACCCCUGUCCAGUCUGCAACAAUUCCUUUGUUCAUGACAAAUAAGGAUGUGGCUGCUGAAGCUGUAACUGGCAGUGGCAAAACGUUAGCUUUUGUCAUUCCUAUCAUAGAAAUUCUUCUCCGGCGGGAAGAAAAGCUCAAGAAAAUGCAGGUUGGAGCAAUAGUCAUCACGCCUACGAGAGAGCUUGCUGUUCAAAUAAAUGAGGUGAUAUCCCAUUUCACCAAGUAUUUUCCACAGUUUAGGCAGUGCCUUUUAAUUGGUGGGAAGAAUCCUGUGGAAGACAUAGAAAGAUUCAAAGAACGAGGUGGAAAUAUCCUUGUAGCUACUCCAGGACGUUUGGAGGACAUGUUCAGGAGGAAAUCGGAUGGUCUGGAUUUGGCCAGCUCUGUGAAAUCGCUUGAUGUUCUGGUCUUAGACGAAGCAGAUCGGCUGCUGGAUAUGGGCUUUGAAGCAAGUUUAAAUGCCAUACUGGACUUCUUGCCCAAGCAGAGGCGGACGGGCCUUUUCUCGGCAACUCAGACCCAAGAGGUCGAGAACCUGGUGAGGGCAGGCCUCCGGAACCCCGUCCGCAUCUCGGUGAAGGAGAAGGGGAUGGCUGCAAGCAAUGCCCAGAAGACACCCACGCGGCUGGAGAACUACUACAUGAUCUGCAAACCAGAUGAGAAAUUUAACCAGUUGGUCCACUUCCUUCGUCAGCACAAGCCAGAGAAACAUCUAGUCUUUUUCAGCACCUGUGCCUGUGUGGAAUAUUAUGGGAAGGCUUUGGAAUCUUUGAUUAAAAAUGUGAAAGUAAUGUGCAUCCACGGGAAAAUGAAACACAAACGGAAUAGGAUCUUCACAGAAUUCCGGAAACUUGCGAGUGGCAUUCUAGUGUGCACUGACGUGAUGGCCCGUGGCAUAGACAUUCCAGAAGUGAACUGGGUGUUGCAGUAUGACCCUCCAAGCAACGCAAGUGCUUUUGUACACCGCUGCGGCCGCACAGCACGCAUUGGCCACUUGGGCAGUGCGCUGGUGUUCUUGUUUCCUAUGGAAGAAGCCUAUGUCAGUUUUCUAGCCAUUAACCAAAAGUGUCCCAUGCAGGAAAUGAAGCCGCAGCGGACUGUGGCAGAUGUCCUGCCCAAGCUGAAGACCUUGUCUUUGGGUGAUAGAGCCAUGUACGAGAAAGGGAUGAAGGCGUUUGUCUCUCACGUGCAGGCCUACGCCAAACACGAGUGCAACCUCAUCUUCCGCAUAAAAGACCUCGACUUCGCCAGCCUGGCCCGAGGCUUCGCUUUGCUGAAGAUGCCAAGGAUGCCAGAAUUGAAAGGGAAGUCUUUCUCGGACUUCACGCCCACCGAGAUUGACACAGACUCCAUCGCCUUCAAGGACAAGAACCGAGAAAAGCAGAGGCAGCGUUUUCUAGAGCAGCAAAGGAAGGCGAGGCAAGAGCAGCCGGGCGGGCGGCCGCCGUUUAUCAGGAACAAGGCCUGGUCCAAGCAGAAGGCCAAGAAGGAGAAGAAGAAGAAAGUGACAGCCAAGCGGAAAAGAGAGGAGGGCUCCGACGUGGAAGACGAGGAUAUGGAGGAACUCCUGAACGACACGCGGCUCUUGAAGAGGCUGAAGAAGGGCAAAAUCAGCGAGGACGAUUUUGAGAAGCAGCUGCUCUGCCAGAGGAAGAAAGUCUGCACGGAAAGAGUGGAGAGCUCGGAGUCUGAAGGAUGAGAAGGGGGCUGAAGGCCCUGUCGUGGGAGCUGGGCCCCGGAAGCCAGCUCAGCUCAGCGCCACGGGGACCCUGGUCAAGCACCUUCCAGAGAGUACAAGACUACACUUGAAGGUUUUCAUUCACCUGGGGCGAGUGGCAACCUCACCCAGUCACCGGGUUCCUAACAGAUGUCCUUCAGCAGGUCUGGUGAGGGAGGCUGUAACCAGUCUUGCAGUUGGCCUGCCCUUUCCUCGCCUCCCAUCUUCCAAGGGCCUCCAGCAUCCUGCUGUAACCCCAGCAGGCAACUCCCUUUUGUACUCAUCGGCAGGACCGUCUGGGGUCAGCACUUCCUGGGGCCCUUCCCUAUAGAAAGAUACAGGCCCUCAUGCCUCGUGGCCCCACCGUCUCCUUCCCAGAGAUGAGCCCCCGCUGGGCCCACUUCUCCUUGGGUGGCUGCCGUUCUGUUGCCUUCUCGGGCUGGGCAAGGGAACCGAAACCAGAGUGGAACAAAGGUCACGUCAUCCCAGCUGCUGGGGGGCUCACAGGCCCUUUUUAAUAAUGCCAAUGAAAUGGUGGGUUUCUAAAUAUAUAUUUAUUUUCAUAUAACAUAUAUAUAUAUAUCAAACAGUUCAGAGAUGACUUUUAAAAAGCAAAUAUAGAUUUCAUCUUUACAUACAGUCAUGCGCCUCGAAUUUAAGCCUCAAUCAAAAAUAGAAAGUCAUAUCCUGAAAGAGCUGUGGUCUCCCUCCAUUCAUUUCCCAAAAACUUUCAUCUGUCUACAAAGGUUUCCUGAGCGUUUUCUCUCUACCUCCCCUUGUCUAUACAGUUGCUGCUCCUUCAGCCAUUCACCUUGUAUGCCCGAGUGCUGAAGCUAAAGUUCUUUACCUAGGGUAUCAUGAUUUUUCUUUAGAUUUGUGCAAUGGUGAUUUUUGUUGCCAUGAGUAUCCUGCCCAUCAUAAUCCUUUUAAAAAAAAACAACCACCAGACUUUAGUGUCUCUUAGAAGUAUGGAUCAUGGAGAGAAAAGCAAUUUGUCUCCUGUAAUCCAUCUAUCUAUAUUUCUCUAAGGCAUUCCCGUGGCUAAUCCCGUGCACAGCAGCUCUCCCGAAAGUUCGCAAGCAGUUGCCUGGAUAGCGACAGGUAUGGCAGUGGGGUGGCUGGCCGGCUGGCCAAAGAAAACGGCGGCGCGGGGAAGAAGAUAGCUGGCAGGGGGUGGGGAAGAAGACGGCUGGCAGGCAGGUGGGUGGGAAGAAGACGGCUAGCAAAAAAGCAGGGGUGGUGGGGGGAGAAAGCAUCGGUGAAUGGCUGGCUGGCUGGCUGGCGGGAGGAAAGGAAGGAAGAAGGUGGGCCACCUGGCCAGGUGGCAAACGGCCAGUGGGUGUGGGGGGAGAACUAGAAGACAGCGAGGGGGUGGGAGAAGAAGAUAACAUGGGCGGCAGUUCCCAACUAGAGGCGCAGCUGCUCUGUGCUCGGCCCAGCUCUAUUGUUCUUGUCUAAAAUGGCUUUCUAACUUGACAACUGCAUUUUGUCAAUGCCAAAUGCCAUUUGGCUCUGCUGUUGGGGCUUGUAUUUGGAACUGGGUUGAUCCAGCCUCUUUCCUCAUCUCUCCUAAUUUGGUAGUAUAAGUCACACAGGGAUGGAGAUCGCCUUCCCAUCUUGAGGUUUGUAGCCACUCAACGCCACCCCAGCCUCUUCUGGGCUGAAACUAAUUUGGGACCUAUUUCCCAGAUGCUUCCUCUUGCCUCGGCCUUUCUUUAUGGGCAAGGUCAAGUGUCUAACCCACAGCAGGGCUUCUUAAACCUGGAUCCCCCGGUGGUGUUGGACUACAGCACCCAUCAUCCCCAGCCACAAUGGCAGAGGUUCAACAGGUUCGUUUGAAAGAGGCUGCGCAAGAUGGCGACCAGUCAAGUAACCUUUUCAGGGAGCUCCUUCGCUGAGUUAUAGUUUUAGUAAGUUUCUCGGGUCUUUUGCAUGCUGAAUUUUACAGGCUAGCUUGGUUGUAUGGCCUUGGAGCUGCCGGACUGAUUAAACGGCUAUAUUUCACUCGACAACAAGCUCUCCUCCAUGAUUAGGUUUGUUUGAAAACCCCGGAAGUAGAUGGCUGUGGGAGAGAGUGGCUUAUUGUUACCCUUCACUCCAGCCACAGUAUUUGCAGCUUGCUUAAGCAGAACCCAUUUCUUCUGGAAUUGAUUAACUCUAUGCAACGGCAAGUUCUUCAGUGUUGUUACAUCACAACAUACUAUCAGCAUAAAAGCAUGCAUAUGCAGCAGUAAUUCAAAGUGGCUACAUGACAGCCUAUUCAGAGAGAAGGAGUUACAUUGCAAGUCAUUUUUAAGGAAAACGUUACAUGGAAAACAGAACCUUAGCCUUCCGCAUCUUCAGAUGGGUAGGUUGUCAGGCCGCCCCUGGCUGUUCUCAUUUUUUCCACAGUUCUCUCUAAUCUGGAGACUCGGUCCUGCAAAAGUCUAACUGCGUAUCAAGGAAAAGAGAGGAGGAGUGAGGGCCAGGUGGGCCAGGAGUCCAUUAGGAACCAAGCCAAAGUGUAAGAACUUACUUGUGGUGUUCACAGCGAUCUCCAAGCGCAACACAGCAGCCAUAAUUUCCCCAGCUGAUGCCAAAGACAUGUUGCUCCAUUCUGAAAUACAAUUUGCAGCGUUCCCCAUGAGACUUGCAAGUAACAGACACAAAGGACACUUCAUUGGUCUGCUCUUACUGUUAACUCUUGUCCUGAGCGAUUUCCGAAAAGGAAGGGCUGGGAUCCAGAGAACCUUGUCCGCUGCCACUUAGUCAACUCUGUGCAGUCAGCAGGUUGUCUGGGGUCUUGAGGUGCUGCUAGGAAGCUCCAUACAGAACCUUAUAUACAGACUACAUGUUUGAGCACUGUAAGAUAUUCCCCCUCAGGGGAUGGAGCUGCUCUAGAAAGAGCAUCUGCCUGUUCGCAUGCACAAGAUUUUGGAUUCCCUUCCUGGCAUCUCCAGAUAGGGCGGAGAGGGACUCCUGCCUGCAACCUUGGAGAAGCCGCUGCCAGUCCGUGAAGACAGGACUGAGCUAGAUGGACCAAGGGUCCGACUCAGUCGUUUCCUAUGUGCUCUAGUCUUACAGUGGAUUCUGUACUGCCUAUUGCAGCAUUACAGUUUUAGUCCGUAGUAAGUCUUACAUGUGGCUUUCUAUGCUUUGUACUUAAAUUAGUGAUGGCUUUGAUAUUAUUCUACAUUAAAUUUAUCAGAAUUGG